AUGGAUGCUAAACUGAACAUCAUCGUUUUUCUCAUGCUCCUUGUGCAGGCAUACUGCUUCAACGUGAGAUGUCCGAACGGCUUCAUCGCCAAUGGCAACACCUGUUACAAGUUCGUAAAUUGGCAAGCUUCGUGGCCAGAAGCAAAGGUGAUGUGUGACGUCAUGGAUGCGCACCUGCUGGAAAUAGACUCGCCCUGGGAAGAACAGUUCAUUCUCGAGAGACUCGACUUUGCUGACAAUGAAAUUUCUGCAGGCUCUUUGUGGAUAGGCGCCACGGACAUCGUGAAUGAGAACCAAUGGGUUUGGAUGACGAGCGGUAGGCGGGUUGGCUACCGGAACUGGAAGAGGGAAGAACCGGAAGCCAUGAUGAAAGUUCAUGGUCAUUGCCUCGCUGUCACUCCCAAGCCGAAGUUCAUCUGGGAUGAGAUACCAUGCAAACAGGAACUGCACUUUAUUUGUGAAAUGAAUAUGGACUAA